AUGGCCACCAAAGCCGCCACCAAGCGACUCACCCGCGAGUACCAAAACAUCCAAAAGAACCCGCCGCCAUACAUCGUUGCACAUCCGUCAGAGUCCAAUAUACUAGAAUGGCACUAUAUACUUACAGGAGCACCCCAGACACCAUAUGAAAACGGCCAGUACUGGGGUACAUUGAUAUUCCCGCCUGAAUAUCCGUUCGCGCCUCCGGCGAUCAGAAUGCACACUCCGAGCGGACGAUUCAUGCCAUCCACACGGUUGUGUCUGAGUAUAAGCGAUUUCCAUCCAAAGUCCUUUAAUCCGGCGUGGGAGGUGUCGACAAUUCUGAUCGGCCUGCUAUCCUUUAUGAACAGCGAGGAGAUGACGACGGGUAGCGUGAGUGCCUCCGAUGCCGAACGCAAGUUAUUUGCUGCGAGGUCGAGAUGGUGGAACUCGACUGGUGGCGGCUCUUACACAAAAGCCGUUCCUGGCGUCACGUCAACGAUCAAGGGGAUUGCGAACAUCAAAGCCGGAGAUGGCGGAAAGAAGUUUCGAGCCGAGUGGCCCGAGCUGGACCAGGAGAAUUGGAAAUGGAUAAGGGACAGCCGGGUUGAUCCAGCGACGGGGCAAAUAUUACCCGACCCUAAUGAAGCCUUCCUAGCCGAGAGCAGCAAUAGCAGCAACGGGAGCAGUAACAAUGCCUGUUCACCUGAGACGAAUGCUCUUCGACGGAGGCCUGGCGGUGGGAGUGCCACAGGGUUAGGGGCUGUUGUGGAAGGUGGACAGAGGGCGCGAGAUGUCGGGGAGAGCUGGUUUCGAAGAAAUAAAGUAUGGAUCUGCAUCGGUCUAGUACUAGGGUACGCACUCUUAUCUCGACUAUUCGACGACAUCCGGGCCUGGUAG